CGAUAAUUACGUUUUAAAAAUUCGAUUCCAGAUCCAAGAAUGGAAAGUUACAUUAUUUAAAUCUAUUCUUUUCAUAUACUUCAUAUACGUCUCUAACCUUUCAAGAUCCAUUCCUUCAGUUACAACUAUAAAUAGUCAAAGAUGAGUUUCACUAUCAAUGCUGAAAUAAGCCAAUUCCAUGGUAAGCUAUAUAAGCUUUCCCAUGAAUCUACUUCCACAAAGACUAAGAUGGAUGUCAAUGUGUUCGUACCUCCAUCAAAGCUGACCAAAAUACCUGUUUUAGUUUAUUUAUCAGGUUUAACUUGUACUCCAAACAAUGCUACUGAAAAAUCAUUCUUUCAAUAUUUUGCUACCAAAUAUGGGUUUGCUUUAGUUUUCCCAGAUACUUCCCCUCGUGGUGCUAAUAUCGAAGGUGAAGAUGAUUCUUGGGAUUUUGGAUCUGGAGCUGGAUUCUAUGUUGAUGCUACUACUGAAAAAUGGAGUAAGAACUAUAACAUGUAUUCAUAUGUUCAUAAGGAAUUAUUAACUGAAUUAUCUAAACAAUUCCCAACAUUAGACUUUGAAAAUAUCUCCCUUUCCGGUCACUCGAUGGGUGGUUUUGGUGCCUUAUCUGGAUUCUUAAGUAAUCCAGGUAAAUAUAAGUCUGUUUCAGCUUUUGCUCCAAUCUCAAAUCCAUCAACUUGUCCAUGGGGUGAAAAAAAUUUCGGUAAUUAUUUAGGUGAAGAUAAAGCUGCUUGGUAUAAAUAUGAUCCAACUCAUUUAAUUGCUGACUAUAAACAUGAACACCAACCAACUAUCUUAAUUCAUCAAGGUUCAGCAGAUGGUUUCUAUGCCAAAGAUCAUCAAUUACAACCAGAAAUAUUCGUUGAUGCCGCUAAGAAAGCUGGUUAUAAAGGUGGUGUUGAAUUACAUGUCGCAGAAGGUUAUGAUCAUUCAUAUUUCUUUAUUAGUACUUUCGCUGAAGAACAUGCUAAACAUCAUGCUAAGUAUUUGGGGUUAUCCGAGUAACUAGCCUUUGAAAAUGCAGAUAUAUUA